AUGUAAUACGUCCCCUUAACAGUUCAUUUGAAUGCUCUCGCUUAACUCUACCAAUAAUGUGCUGCUCUAUCUGAAAAGCAUGAUAGAUUGGCCAAAGGAAUAGACAUCUUCAAUACAGAAGUCCAUCAAUUGACUAUCCCUACUUUGAUCGAUUAAGAAAGAGUCUUGCAGGAAUAAAACACAGAGGCUCCUUUAAACUAAGAGUAUAGUUCAUAGAAACAAAAUUCUCCAACCCCCAGCUAGAAGACUCCUAUGGAGAUUGAGUAAGACAAUGGCAUAACAUUUUAGUUUGGGAAGUGAUGACGAUGUUCCAAUGGAGCAAGGAACCAAGCCAAUAUAAAGUGAGACCAAAAAAAUAAAAAAAAAUAAACUAAAAGUGGAUGCUUCCAAAAUGUUAUAAUGUCCAGAAUGCCAAAAGCAAGUAAAAAACGUUGCAGGUUUAAAAAGACAUUAAACAAGGAUGCAUGCUAAUAAGCCUUUAAAAAAUGUGACUAAAAAAAUCUAAGAAAAAAGAGAAUAAGGUUCUAAACUAACUUGA